CUCCGGAGCCCCGAGCCAGAACGACAAAGAGAUCCCGACCUUCUGCUACUCUACUGCCGUAGAGGAGGAAGGACUCCGCUCUAACGAGGACAACUAGGCCCUUUUAGACUGUAGAUAUUUUGGACUGUGCUUUGUUACGCGGGAAGAUGACCCACCUGUCGGAGAGAGCUUUUUCUGUCUUCUUCGCAGCACAGGUGUUGACAAUAGUCUGGUCCCAGGUGUGCCCUCGGAGAUGCCAGUGUCCAAAGGAGCCCCCCGAGUGUCUCCCAGGGGUGCCGCUGAUGCUGGACGACUGCAUGUGCUGCCUGGUGUGUGCCCGUCAGAGAGGACAGGUCUGCUCUGACAUGAACCCCUGCGACACACGGAAGGGGCUGCAGUGUGAAUACACCGUCCACGGGAGGACUGGCAUCUGCGCCGCUCACAAAGGAGAAGCGUGUGUUCUGGGCGGUUCCGUCUAUCAGAACGGCCAGACCUUCUUCCCCAGCUGCAAAUACCAGUGUGUGUGCCGUGACGGGCAGACGGCCUGCGUGCCGCGCUGUAACUUGGACGUGAUGCUGCCCGGACCAGACUGCCCCAUGCCCCGCAGGGUCCAAGUGCCCGGAGAGUGCUGCGAGAAGUGGGUGUGUGAGCCCCAGGCUGAGGCCAGUGCACUGGGCGGCUUUGCCAUGGCGGCCUAUCGUCGGGAGGAAACCGUGAGCUUUGACGGAUGGGACCCCAGCCUUAACUGCAUUGAGCAGACCACAGAGUGGGGGGCCUGCUCUCAAACCUGCGGCACGGGAGUGUCCACCAGGGUCAGCAACAAGAACCGCAUGUGUGAGAUGGUGAAGCAGAGCCGACUGUGCACGAUCAGACCCUGUGACAACCAGCCGGACCAGACACAGCUGACACAACUCGCACAGAAGAGAGGCAGUAAGUGUCAGAGGAUGGUGAGGAGCGACGCGGCCGUCCACCUCUCCUAUAAGAACUGCACCAGCGUCCAGGCCUACAAGCCUCGCUACUGUGGCUCCUGCACGGACGGCCGCUGCUGUACUCCACACAGGACCAAAACCGCCCUGGUGGAGUUCCGCUGCGCCAAAGGUAAAACGACCCGGAGACCAGUCAUGGUGAUCCUGACGUGUGCCUGCCACAGCCACUGUCCCAGCGACAACGCUGUGUGGCAGCCGUCGGAGAUGGGAUACAGCGCCUAUAGGUCAUAAAACCUUGUAAUAACUCUAAAUGGUACAUUAAAACAAGUCAGUGAUAUACCAACCGAUCUGGUUAUUAUGGACAGAACUAGAAGUGUCAUCUUUUACUCUUUGGUAGAAGCAAAGCACUUAAACCUUGUGGACUGGAGUGUACUUCCAACCAAUCACCACAGACUUGAGCUGGACGGUUACAUUGUGACGGUUAUAACCUAUGAAGAUGUAAAGUUACAGAGUAGUGAGGACAUGCAGGAGUCUCGUGGUUGCUUCCAACCGGAUAGCUUAAACGUCGGAUUGGCCGAUCAGAACUUUUGGUUUCAGAUUUUUAGACAAAGAGCAUGAAAUUUAAAGGAGAUGGUAGCGUCCCUGCCAUGAAACUCUUCCAACGAUGGGAUGCAUUCUUGAAAUGACUAGACUGUGUGCUCCGACCUGGUCCAAUGAGAGGUCACUGUCGGGACUUAGUGUCAUUUGUAACAUGUGCAAGAAGUCUGACCCCUGUAUAAUGUUGAUGAUCCCUUCAAUAAAUGGAAAAGUAUUUUCUUUUAAUUAGUAGUAGUACACAGACACAACGGAUUUCUUAUAAUGACAAGAUUUGUAAAUACUUGCAGAAUAGCUUGUUUGACUGUGUAUCAAAUACACACCUUUAUUUUGUGUAAACAUAAAUUGUAUAUAUUGUUAUGUCGUUGUUUUUCUUACUACUUGAUUUAUACUUCACUCUACUUGUUGCUCAAAUAUAUUUCAAAACUCAACAUUUGAAAAUAAAUAAAAAU